AUAGAGAGAGAAAAGCGAAGGCAAGAACAUCGAUCGUCGGUCAUGCGCCACGGACCACGGCGGUGAUGCAAAUUCGCAUUCGGCAAAUUUUCUGUUUCUCUCUCUAAGAUAAGCGUUUGAGAUUUUCCGCCAUUACAGAGGGUUUCAUGGCUUCUUCAAUGCUGCAAAUGCAAGCACAUUCACUAUCUCCCAUUCAUUCACUCCACCACUCGCAAUUCGUACUCAUUUCUUCAGCAGGAACUCUUUUACCUCCUAGACUCAUCGAUUCUGCGUCUCCUCUCCUAACCGCUUCCAUCAAACGAUCUAGAAAUACGGCCGCGGUUCGUCCUAUAAGAGCUCAGAAUGUUCCUGAUUACGUUCCGGAUGCAAACUUCUACAAAGUGGAGGCCGUUUUGAGGCCCUGGCGAAUCCCUCAGGUUUCAUCGGCCCUGCUGAACAUUGGUAUUCGAGGUGUUACUGUUUCUGAUGUACGAGGCUUUGGUGCUCAAGGUGGUUUGACAGAAAGGCAAGCUGGCUCGGAAUUUACUGAAGACAAGUUUUUGCAUAAAGUGAAAAUGGAGGUUGUUGUCAGCAAAGACCAGGUGGAGGCUGUAAUAGAUAAGAUCAUUGAAGUGGCAAGGACAGGAGAAAUCGGAGAUGGCAAAAUUUUCUUGAUACCUGUGGCAGAUGUAAUAAGAGUUCGCACCGGUGAAAGGGGAGAAAUGGCUGAGAGGAUGAAGGGAGGUCGGGCUGACAUGACCUUGUCCACUGGUGUAGAUGCACAAAAUUAGCACGACGGCGAAAGGCAGGAACCAGUAAGCUUGCGGUUUGAUUUGCUUACUUGCUGUAGUAGUGCGCAUGUGAAAUGUAUUUUGUUUAUCGCGGUUCUCUUCUUUCUAUAGUUGAUUAUUCUAAAUAAGUCUGGAAACUAUUAUAAUUAUUGUAUUAUUGACAUUUACAACAUGUUUAUCAUCAUCAUCAUCAUGUUACUUACCUAAUGAGUUUUGUGCCUUUA